UCUAAGCUCCCUCUUCCAGGGAGGUCUGGAGGGGUUCCGUCCCCUGUGGCUGGGUCUGUCUCAGCGAGCUCACCUGGAGCUCCCAGAAGCCUGAAAAUGGACCUACUGACCUUUGAGGAUGUGGCUGUGAACUUCACCCAGGAGGAGUGGGCUUUGCUGGAUCCUUCCCAGAAGAAACUCUACAGAGAUGUGAUGCAGGAAACCCUCAAGAACUGGUCCUUUGUAGGGAAAAAAUGGGAACAUCAGAACAUGGAAGAUCAGUACAAAAAUCCAAAGAGAAAUCUAAGAAGUCAAGCGGCAGAGAGACUCCGUGAGCAUAAAGAAGGAAAAACCUUCAGCCAGAUUCCAGAUCAUAUUGUGGCCAAGAAAAUUCCUAGACCCAAACCAAGUGGAAGCCAUGUGGCUGGAGGAGUGGCCAUUGGUCAUUCAUCAUUGAAGAGGUCCAGACGCAGACCGUUUGAGUAUGAGACAUACAGAGACAAACCCUAUGAAUGCCAAGUGUGUGAUAAGGCCUUUAGGCUGCCCAGUUACCUUCGAAAACAUGAAAGGAUACACACUAGAGAGAAACCCUACCAACAUGAGCAGUGUGGGAGAAAGUUCACUAGUCCCCAUCAGGCUGAAAGACACACAGGUGGCCAAGGGUUUCCUUAUCCCAGUUUCCUUCGAAAUCAUAAAGCAAGUCACAUGAGAGAGGAAAUGUAUGAACCCAAGCAAUGUGGGAAAAACUUACUGAAUUCCAGUUCCCUUCAAAAGCAUAAAAGGAUUCGCAGUGGAGAGAAGCCCUAUAAAUGUAAGCGAUGUGAUAAGACCUUCCGGCAUCCCAGUCACCUUCGAAUACAUGAACGAACUCACACUGGAGAGAAACCCUACGAGUGUAAGAAGUGUGGCAGAAUGUUCACUUAUUCCCACUCAGUUCGAAGGCACAUGGCAACUCACAGUGGAGAGUGGAAUUACAAAUGCAAGGUGUGCGAUCAAGGUUUUUUUUAUCCUAGUUCUCUUCGAAUCCAUGAACUCACUCACAAUGGAGAGCAACCUUAUGAAUGUAAAGAGUGUGGAAAAACCUUUAAAUACGCUUCUUCCUUUCGAAACCAUGAAACCACUCACACAGGGAAGAAGCCUUAUAAAUGUGAGCAGUGUGGGAAAGGCUUCAGUUGUCUUACUUACUUUCGAAGUCACAUGAGAACCCAUGGUGAGCAGAAGAAGCCUUAUGACUGUCAGGAAUGUGGGAAAACAUUUGUCUGUUUCGACAGCCUUCGAAAACACAUGCUCUUACACAGAACAGUGGAGAUGGACGGACUUAACAAAUGUAAGCAAUGUGGGCUAGCCUUCAGGCGCUCCAGCGCCUUGUAUAAACAUGAAAGGACUCACAGUGGAGAAUAGCCUUAGGAGUGGGACAUGCUUAUGUAUUCAGUCAUUUCGGUUAGAAGUACAUGAAAAAAUAAAUAUGGUACUACCCAAGCAUUAAAGACUUUUACUGGAACAAAUUCUGUAUAUAGAACGUGGGACAUUUUUUUCACACAACUGGCCCAUGUGAGAAGACCAGAGAAAGAAAGCCUACAAUAUUAUCAACAUGGGGGGCUGGGGAUGUGGCUCAAGCGGUAGCG